AUGCCAAAGAAAAACAAGCCAAAACGUGUCGCACUUACUGAAGAAAUGAUGAUGGUUGAAUAUGAGGAAUCAUCGAAGGUGUCUGUUAUGGGUAUAACAUUCACUGAUGAAGACAUGAUCCUUGUGUCCACUGUAUUGAAAAAACUCGGCGAUCUAGCUACAGUUAGAUUGGCUUCAAUCAGUAUAGGGGACGAAGGAAUGAAAUAUGUAGUCGAAGGUUUACGAAAUAUCACGACAUUGGUUGAAAUUACUUUGGGAAACACUGGCUUGGGAUCCGAAUCAGUACGAAUUUUCACUGAGAUUUUAGGAAAUAAGACCGCAUUGACCAUUCUCGAUCUCACAGAGAAUAGUAUCGAAGGUGAUGGAGUUCAACAUCUGACACUCACUGAGUUACGUCUUACAACUAACCAGAUCGGAGACGAAGGAGCACAGCACUUGUGUGAUCUUUUACGAAAUACUACAACACUUACCAUACUCCAAAUUGGUAACAAUGAUAUCGGAGAAGAAGGAAUUCGACACUUCGCUGAUGCUUUAAAAAAUAAUAAGACGAUCACAACACUCGAUCUCAGUACUAAUAAAAUCAAAGAUGAAGGAGCCCGAUAUUUGGGUGUUGCUUUACGUGAUAAUACAACACUCAGUGAACUGAAUCUUGGAUCGAGUGAAAUUGAAGCUGAAGGAGCCCGACUUCUAGGCGAUGGAUUACGAAAUAAUAAGUCACUCACCAGUCUACAUCUUACCAGAAAUAGCAUCGAAGACGAAGGGGUUCAACAUUUACUUAAUGCUUUAGAAAAUAACACUAUACUCAACCACCUUGAUCUUGCAUGGACUGAAUUUGAAGAUGAUGGAAAAAAAGCAAUUGACGAUUAUGUGAAAAAAACAGGACAUACUGUCUUUACGGACCGCGAUUUUUAG